UUCCUCCUAACGGCCGCCCGGGGGCGGGGCUUCUGCCUAACGGCCGGGGGCGGGGCUCCGCGCGCAGGCGCGGGGGCGGCGGGUUCCCAGCUCAGAAGUAGCAUCGGCGGGUGAUCAUGUAGCGCUGAAAUCAGACGGAGCCUCCAAGCUGAAUGGUACAGGUCGUAAAUAUUUAUGGGCAUCCCCUAGCGCGUGGUGGAAGUCUGAUCCCCCAACCCUUAUGAAUUCAUCACUGCCGCGCUCUGCUUCACCCCAGAAACUCAGCCCCAGCUUUGAGAACAGCACCAUUCAGAAACAGAGGCAUGAACUCCAGCUUUUGAUUGCAGAACUGAAAGAUCGUGAUAAGGAGCUCAAUGACAUGGUUGCAGUGCACCAGAGGCAGCUUCUAGCCUGGGAGGAUGAUCGGCAGCGAAUCCUGACUUUAGCAGAACGGUGCAACAUACUGGAAAAUGAGCUACACAAGAGGAAUGAAAUUAUAAAAACACUAACCAAAAGGUUAAAGCUCUUAGAAUCUCAGCAGAAUGACAGUAAGACAACACUUGAACAUACACAACAGAAGUUUGAAGAGCUGUCUCAAAAAGCAACAGACACAACUCUUCACUGUCAAGUUCUGGAGGAGAAAAAUCAAACUCUCAACUGCUCAGUGUUGGAACUGUCUGCUAAAAUAGGCCAGCUGCAAGCUAGAGAGCAGGAGCUUCUUACUAUGCUCAAGUUGAAGGACAAGGAUAUACUUGAAGCAACUGAUCACAUUACUGAAUUUACAUCUAAAUUCAAACAGUUGGAGAGUGCGUUGCGUGCCGCUAAGUCAGAAGAAUUCAGUAUCAACAAAGAAAAGCAAGACUUCAAACUGAGACUGAAAGAACUACUACUUGAAACAAAUAAGCUGAAAGAUGACCUCUGUGAAAAGAUGAAAGAAAAUAAUGAGCAGCGGGAAGAAAUCAUGCACCUCAAACAAGAAAAUGGCUACUUGAAGAAUGAGCUUGCACUUAGUGUUGAGAAAGCAAAUAGAAAGGAUCAACUUCUUCAGUUUGCCAAAUCCAAACAAGUACGGACUGACACAGAACUGUCAAGUUUGCGGCAGCAGAUCUAUGUAAAACAGCAACGUGACUUGCAAUUUCUUCAUUUCAAUUUGGAGAGCUCACAGGAAUUAAGGCAAAAGCAUGAAAAGAGGACACAUGAAAUGAGCGUAGGUAUGGCAUUCCCUGCCCCUGAAAGUAGCAGUGAAGCAGACAUGGUUAGGAGUGAGGGCACCGUAUGCGAGGAAGGUGGAACUGCACCAGUUCAGAAGUGUAGGCUAAAAACCAUCUCUGAGAUGUGUGAAGUAGAGAACAGACUGUUACUGAAUGCAUCAGACUUGGAGAAAACUACCUCAGCACACUUAAAUCGGUGUCAAAAAGUUGUGAAAGGCUUGGCUGUCCUUACAGAAGAGGAGGAAAAGCAGGAUGUUGCAUCAAGCUCCGAUGAGCCAGACAGCAAAGUAUUUUGUGAUGCAAACAACACAAGGCCUUUGAGGAUUGGGGACAUUUCCGAGAAUGGAUUGGAAAGUGGAAACCCUCAAACCUCUGAGUCAUCUUUACCUGUAUGUGAGCAUUGGCCCAACUUCAAUUCUUGUGUAGAUUUACAAAGUACUUUGAUCCAGGACACUAUCAUAUCUGACAAAACUGAUAAUGAAGACAAAAUCUGGGAAGAGAGAAAUAGAAUUUUAUGCAGCCAAAAAAGAGGAGAAACUCUUAGUGCAAUUCACAAGCCUGAAUCUGAUUCCUGUAGUAAUAACUUCAUCAUAAAAAAAGCUGCAUGGUGGAAGCCCAUAUCAGAUCUGGAAUGGAUGAAGAUUUUCAAACCCAUAAAAGGAAGUGGAAAUAUAUGGCACAGAAAAACUUGCAACUGUCUCAAGACUGCACAAGAGAGAAAGUGUGCCAGCUUAAAAAGGUUAUGUACUCAUUACAUUUAAGAAAUAGAUUGGUACAAGCUGUAAUUAUGUAGAAACUUGGUCGACAAGCUGUCUAUAAUUUGCAUUAUCUCAAGUGAUGAUGAAAGUAACUUCUGUUUUAAAAUUAGACUACCAACUUGAAAAGUAGUAAAUUUAAAAUAAGUUAAAAUAGCUCUAAGGUAUCACUAUUUUUAUGCAUUUGUUUCUUCACAUCUCUUACCCACAAGAGCUGUCUGGGUAGGAAAAGCUGCAAUACUGCAUAACUUGCCAAAUAAAGUCAUUAAGGAGAAAAAAUACAGAUUUUAAAAAUCUUCUGACUUUUGGAGAUCCUAGAUGUUGCUUUUAACUCUGGGUAAUAUGUUCAGUCUGGAGUUGGGCUUCUAAAGUGGCGUUUCUGUAAGGCAAGGAACAAACUUGUAUUUUGUGUGAUGCUUUAGUGACUGUGUUACUUUUAUUGAGAAAUCGCACAGUGACUAGGUAGGAAUGUGGGACAGGUCUCUUCCAUACAGGCUGCUUUCCUCAUCCAGGGCAAGAAAAUGAGAUGGCAAAGUUUAAAGUACAACAAUCUGUCAGCUCUCUGGUGUGCCUUGGGACUGUACCCUUGUGUUUACAUUGUGGGGGGAAAAAAGGGAUGUGUAGUUGGAGAUGAGCAGAAUGAGUUUUCUAAUGCUGGGAAGUGUCAUAAAAAUACUGGCAUGUCUUAGUGGUUUUCAAACGUCUCCAGGAUAUAAAUGCUGCUUCACAUUUGUAGAAGUUGUUUUUAUGCCUGCACAAGCAAGGACAUUCAAAGCUGUGACUUUUUCUGUGGAUUUAUCAUGCUGGUUAAUUUCCUCUAUUUCCUUUGAAAAACUGACUUGCUGAUCAAUUGCCAACUGUAUUUUGGAAGGAUUUCUGAAGUUUUACAGAGAUUUCAUAGCUGCCUUUUAGACUGGAGGAGGAGAAAGAGGAGCAGUUCUUCAGCUGGUACGGUUCGAGUACAGUAAAUAAACAGCUGUUUAAACCUGCUAAGAAUUUUACCAGCAAGUCUGGCCCAGCAUCCAAACAGAGUAACGUUAUGGAAGGGAAGUGUAUGAUGUGCCAAUGCUUUUGUUCUGUAUUGUUUCUAAACAAAAAAAGAAAUUACAGAAAUUGUUACUGCAGAGAGACAGAUAUAUUCAAAAACAAGGUGAAUAGGCAGCCACUGAAAAAAGAGUGCUGUAUUAUCCCAUACCCAUGCCGCUUAGCUGAGCUUCGCAGAGUGUAUGGACUGUCUAGUUUCCAUCCUUCUUAAAUCAUAAGAAAGGCUCUAUCCCUUCCCCUUAGGUCUACCCUUAUCUCUCCUUAUCUGCUCUCCCCAGCAGGACAAAUGACACACUCCCAUGCCUCCAAAUCUCUUUUGAGAUAAAAACUGCUUUAAGUUUUUUGUCUUGCUCCUGAGGUGGUUUUAGGGGGAGAAGGAACAAAUUCAACACAGACAAUGUAGGUAGAACAGACUUCCUUCAGCAACGCAGAGCUGCUCUACUCGUUUGGGAUUUGCUACUGGUGAGCUAUCAAGUUUUCUUGAUACCUGCAUUUGUUCCUAGGAGCUCUGCUACUUGGAGAAAACCCCCAAACUGUCUCUCUGCUGUCCAGCCACUGCUGACUGUCUCAUCUGCCACUGAAUACAUUCUCUCCCCUGAAAUGGGAGGAAAAUUUAGUAUUGCAGUCAUCAGUGUGGACUUAUUGUUCAGGCAUUAAUGGCAACAUGGCAUUCCUUCUAGGACUUGAAUGUGGAUCCUCCAGUUUUCUGUUGCUGGCUUCCCAGUGCUGAUGAUGUAUUUCGUGUGUAGGGGAGGGUGCUGGCACUUCCCUGUCAACGCAGCAAAUAUUUUUGACAUGAGUUCUUGAAUUCUGGAACAGCUAACAAGAAGGCUCUUAACUUAGUGAAAUAUCUUAUCUAGCUGCAAGAGUGCUUGUGAAAUACUGUAAUGCAGGAAUCGUUUCUUUGUGCUCUGACUUAGUGUGACUUCAUUUCUGUUGGAGAAAUAUUGCUGGCUUUGGAUGAUAAUGCAGAUUCUGUUUUUUAAUUUGGAGCCUCAGCAGAGUUAUUUGUUCUGCAUGCUCCUGCCGGCCUGUUGCACCUGUUCCCUAAAACAGCCCUCUGCCCCAAAAUCAAACCUGUUUAUUUCUUUCCACCACCACCUGUGUAUUCUUCAAAACUGGCUGUGUUCAUUGAAUAACCUCUGUCCCCUACUUCGAGGCUGCCACGUCUGAGUCAGAUCUCUCCUAAAGGGCCUUUUCUUCUCAGAAGCUUGCAGACAUGAACUCCUCUCUCUUGAAAGCCUGUUGUAUUCUAGUGUUGUGCGAGAGGAGAGGUAAAAUGAGGCAGAGCGUACACUUCUGAGCUGGCAUCUCUCAGAUGGGCUUUUUCUUAGAUUGAAUGUCAUUUAAAAGAAACCUUUCUGUAACAGUCUUGCCAGGUAUGGAAUGUGGUGUUUCACCAAAAUAAAUAUCUAAAGAAUAUUUAAUGAAAUGUUACGAAUUUGAAAAGAGUAUUUUCUUUUUUUCUUUUUUUGGUUACUUAACUGAUCAAGCAGGGCUAGUAAACCUUGCUGUGUUCAGAAGAGUAAGGAGUACAGAAAUGUUUUAUUUUGGGAGAUAGCCACUAUUUUAUUCACUCUGUAAAUAAGAAUAAUACGUGUUUUUAAACUGUACGAUGCAGAAAUUAGCUGUUGAACAUGAAAUAUGAAAAUGAAAUGCACGACUUGAAAGUGCCAGCAGAUACCAGGGUGUGCCUUUGACCGAGCUCCAGACUGCCUUCAGUGCUGUGUGAAAACAUAGCGUGGGGGCCGCUGACUUCUCUUACUCUCUGCAACGUCGUUCCUCUGACAGUUACCUUAAUCCCUGGGGCCUAACAUACAGUUAGGGUGCUACUGGGUUUCUGUACUGCUAGAGUAGAUGAUCAAGAUGAUUUCUAAUGCGCUACAGCUUUCAUUUGUUCUAGUUUUAACCUGUGGUUAUUUGGUGUUGAAGCUGUGAGAGGAAUUUGGUACAUAGUGAUAAAAUUGGCCUGUAAGCAAUUAAAAUUAAGAACUGUUUCUGUAGGGUAGGCUAUAAUAAAGUUAAGUUUUCGUGUGAGAAGGUGUAACAGAGAAAACUUUCAAUCCUUUGACAUGCAUGUUAAGGGUAAAGGACCUUUUGUAUUAGGGCAAGCUUGUGAUGGUUGUGAGUCCGUAUUCAAACAGUAAUAAUGUGCUGGGUAUGAUUUGUUGCUCUAACUGACAUUUUACUUGCUUUUCAGAUGCUCCUAAAUACACUAAAAUGUAUUUGGAGCUAAAUUAAUACUUUGUUUUGCUUUAAAACCUUGGGGAGUAUUCAUGCCGAUAGGUCUUAGGCUUCAGCUCUACACUGAAAUGGUAGUCAAGCAACUGAGUUUGGGGUUUAAUGACAGUUUACCAAAAUUACACUUCAAAUGUACUGUUUGCUUCUGUAUUAAAAAUAAAUAAAUAAAGUCUCUUGGGGGAAGCUGUCCUGUGAUCUCCGAAGUGAGAUAAUGACUUCAAAAGUCUGUAAGAUUCUCUUUAAAAGUACACCUACAAAUACUAAGUUUGCUUAAUGGUUAAUUUAAAAAAAACAGGAGAAGGGAAUGAGAGAAGGAAGAGUACUAGAGUAUUGGGAGGAACUAGGUAUUGCCUUAUGUGUUUGCUCUUUGUAAAGUUAAAUAAACCAUGUGGUAAUAGGGA